GCUCUAGUAACAGAUUAACAAGACUUCGUUAUCUUUAACUAAAAAAAUAAAUAAAUAAAUAAACUUCAAAUCCUCGUAACAUUCACUAUUACUUGCAUUGCCACGCUUCGCUGGUGUAGUGUGAACAAAGAUAGGAGAUUUUUGAGAGGUUUAAGGAAGGCUGGGAUGGAGUUUGAGUUAUGAUUUGCUCGUGUGUGUAGUUAGUGAGUCAAUUUGAUGGAUAUUUAGUUAGAUUGUGAGUUAAAUAGUUCAAUAAUUACUUGAUUAUUCAGUGUGUUUGAAAGGUUUAAGAAAUAUUGGGCUGGAGUUUGUAUGGUGAUUGGUUUUGUGUAGUUGUUUAGUUAUGUUGGUAGUUUAUUAGUUGCUUUGCUGUUAAUGAUUAGAUUCAGUCAGUUAGUUCGUUAGUGAGUUGGAACUCCCUACUUGCUUCGGCAUGUCCAUCUUCCUAUGACCUGAUCUCAUUUAUGAGGGAGGUUUCAAGACAUUUAUCCCUUUCUCUUUGACUAACUCCUUCGGUCCUGCACGGCGACUGGCAACUAUCAAGGGUUUUUUUUUUUUUCUAACUCUUUCUAAUGCUCGUGUGUGUGUGUGUGCUGUCAAAAUGCUCCCACUUGGUUCGCCAGCAAUCCAUUUAUUUCGGUCAGGUUUGUCGUCGCUGGCUCUUUCCUUGAUAGUACAUGAACUUUGAAUGUGGAUAAAAUAAGAUGCACCGACUGAAUGUCGAUAAAGUAAGAUGCACUGACAACUGAUAAAAUUCAACAUCAAUGCAUAAAAAGGUAGUGCAGGAAUAACGAGAAAAGGAACUCUACCCCCACCCCGCCCCAAGAAAUUACAUCCGGCUCCAACCAGUGAGUCGAAACUUUGAAGCAAUGACUCCUUGAGUGUCGGACCGCCAGCAAAGAUGCAGGGGGGCUUAGGACGGCCGUUGUAGUGAAUGCAAGGUGAAUGGAGACGCCCCAGGGAGAUUUGAUGGACAUCAUGCCCGAUACAUCUCUCCAGUCACCACGCUACCACUGACCUCUCGAGUCUACGCAGCCCAGUGUCCGUCUCUGCCUUGUCUUCGGGUGUGACGUGAAACGGCAACGGGGAGCUUGACCUACGUGACGGAUGUUUUUCGUGUGGCGGAGUGACGUGCAGCUGCUGUGGAGCCUAGCGGAGCACGCCACGGGAAUUGGCGGUCCAAAGAAUCUACAGCGAUCCCGUGACUCCUGCACCCUCAGGGAGGGAAUCUGGCUUCGCACGGCCUUCACUGACCCCUUCCCCCUUCCACCGCUACCGUCGCCGUUACUGCCACUGUGGGACUCUGCCUCGCAGCGCAUCCCAGCGGCCCGGCAAACCCCUGCUACUACCACCGCCAUCCCCUCCGCUUCCGCCGUCGUCCAGCGAGGGAUUCAGCUUAGAAUCGCACACCUGCCGCCGCAGCAGCAGCAGCAGCAAGGAUUCUGCAUGGCACCUUUGACCUGCGCUGCUAUCACCUACUACUACUGGUACUCCUAGUGGUGUGGUGGUAGUGUUGGUGGCCAGGGAGGGAAGAGUUGCGUGGCAGUCGGUCUUCCCUCACUCUGUGGGUGGUAGAUGUAUUUAGACAGGUGUGGUGUUGUGGUGCCAUUAUUCUAUUGUAAUAAAUUGUGGUGCCUUUAUUCUAUUGUAAUAAACUGUCUUCACUGCUUCAUUGUCACUAUACUGAAAGCUUUUGUCACUACUGAAUAAAUUGUGAAGAAAUC